AAGUAGCAAUUGAAUAUUUUUUCACUAAUGCUGGUAGUAUACUAUAGUAACCUUAAUAAAAAUUAAUGUGUAUUUUAUCAAUUCAAUGAUAAAGGAGACCUUUGUGAACUGUCUAGCUUGUGGUGACUGACUGAGGGUAUCAUGAAGCUCCCAACCCUCGACAUACUCCUUCGUCCUUCUCUGUCCUAAAGGGUACUUCUUUGGAAAAGUAGAGAAGUUCUAUGUUAGCGUACACUAGAGAGGGUAAACUAUGCCUUGUGGGUCAGUUCGGGCCUGCUGCCUGUGUUUGUAUGGCCUGUGAGCUAAGAAAGGUUUUUACACAUUUAAAUGGUUGGAAAAAUAUUUAAAGAAUGCUAUUUUUGGACACAUUAUAUGAAAUUCAAAUUUCAAUGUCUGUAACUUUUUAUUGGGACACAGCCGCCGCCAUAGCUUUAGGUUUUGUAUGCAACAGCUGCAGAAUUGACUAUUUGAGACAGAUUGUAUGGUCCCCCAAACUGGAACUGUUUCCAUUCUGGCCUUCUACAGAAAGUAUUUGGACCCUGGCCUAGAUAAAUCCUGGCCGGUGGUUAUGUUAUGUGAAAUGUGCACACUGCAAAAUAUAGGGCUGUAUGAUUAAAAUUUUUGAUUUCAGCUACUGUUCAUCAUAGUCAAUUUAAAGGGCAAUUUAAUUUACAGCAAAUUCCGUUUCUCGGAGAUUUGUGUUGGGGCUUUGGCAGCAAAAAAAAUCCUAGGAGUAAUCUUGAGAGUUCCAUGCCCCCUAGUGGAUUGCUAUAGGGUUUACUUUUAAAUUUUCAAAAUACUGAAUUGGCCAAGGAUUUCCUUGAUCCAUAUUAUCCCAGGGGUCAGAGGCCGAAGGUCUCCUAGACCUGGGCAGAUGCUAACAGGUACUGUCAUGGCCUGGGCAAAUCUAGUCACGUCAGCGCUCAUUUCUAUUCCCUUUUCCACAGUCCAGCAAACAAGAGACUCGACUUGAAGGAACCCACCCACCUCUCCUCGGAUUCCUUAUGACGCCGCACGCCUCUUACUCUCCCCUGGGCUCAUCCGGGGAAAUGGGGCAGAGGCUCUGUCCCACAGGUUGGACAAACCAACGAGGGCGGGGAAAGGAGAAUUAGAAUAGGCAGCCAAUCAGAGCUCGGCACAAGCCCAGCCAAUCGGGUCGGGUCAGUUGGGGCUUAGCCAAUCGGGCUCGAUGAGGAAGACCUGAGUCAGAGCUUGCGCCUCUCGCUUCCAGCUGUGGGUGGCGCCAGGCCGGUUCAGCUGGACCGGGUAGGGGUCCUCGCUCGCUUGCUUGCUUGCGGUUUCUCGGAGAAGCCCCGAAGUGUCCGGCCUAGAGGCCAUGGGAAAGCAGUGGGGGUCUGCCAUGAGGGCGGCCGAGCAGGCGGGCUGCGUGGUGAGCGCCUCCCGGGCCGGACGGCCAGAGGCGGGCCCAUGGAGCUGCAGCGGGGUAAUCCUGAGCCGUAGCCCGGGCCUGGUGCUUUGCCAUGGGGGCAUCUUCGUCCCCUUCCUGCGAGCUGGCAGCGAAGUCCUGACCGCGGCCGGCGCCGCCUUCCUGCCUGGCGACAGUUGCAGCGACGACCUGCGCCUGCACGUGCAGUGGGCCCCAACGGCCGCGGGUCCCGGGGGCGGCGCGGAGCGGGGCCGCCCAGGGCUGUGCACGCCCCAGUGCGCUGGCCUCGAGCCGGGCCCACCUGCCCCGUCCCGCGGGCGUCCCCUGCAGCCCCGGCUUCCCGCAGAGCUGCUGUUGCUGCUGAGCUGCCCGGCCUUCUGGGCCCACUUCGCGCGCCUCUUCGGGGACGAGGCGGCGGAACAGUGGCGCUUCUCGAGCUCGGCGCCGGAUGACGAAGUGUCGGAGGAGGAGGAGGCGGAUCAACUGAGAGCGCUGGGCUGGUUCGCGCUACUGGGCGUGCGGCUAGGCCAGGAGGAGGUGGAGGAGGAGCGCGGGCCGGUCGUGGCCGUGUCGCCUCUCGGGGCCGUGCCCAAGGGCGCGCCAUUGCUGGUCUGCGGCUCCCCUUUCGGCGCCUUCUGCCCUGACAUCUUUCUCAACACGCUGAGCUGCGGGGUGCUCAGCAACGUGGCCGGCCCGCUGCUGCUUACCGACGCACGCUGCCUGCCCGGCACCGAGGGCGGCGGCGUGUUCACCGCGCGGCCCGCGGGGGCGCUGGUGGCGCUGGUGGCGGCGCCGCUCUGCUGGAAGGCCGGCGAAUGGGUGGGCUUCACGCUGCUCUGUGCCGCCGCCCCACUUUUCCGCGCCGCCCGCGACGCGCUCCGCCGCCUGCGCCCCAGCGCCGCUGCCCUGGCCGCUCUCAUGCCGCCAGAGGUGGGCGUCCCGUGGGGUCUGCCCCUCCGAGACUCCGGGCCCCUGUGGGCAGCCGCGGCCGUGUUGGUGGAGUGCGGCACCGUAUGGGGCUCCGGAGUGGCUGUGGCACCCCGCCUUGUAGUGACCUGCCGGCACGUGUCCCCUCGGGAAGCAGCCAGGGUCCUGGUGCGCUCCACCACCCCCAAGAGUGUGGCCAUCUGGGGCCGUGUGGUAUUUGCCACUCGGGAGUCAUGUCCCUAUGACAUAGCAGUGGUGAGCCUGGAGGAGGACCUGGAUGAUGUCCCCAUCCCUGUGCCCGCUGAGCACUUCCACGAAGGUGGAUGGCAUGCCCGUGAUGCUGCAGACCACGUGUGCUGUGCACAGCGGCUCCAGUGGGGGACCCCUCUUCUCCAACCACUCAGGAAACCUCCUUGGCAUAAUCACCAGCAACACCCGGGACAAUAACACGGGGGCCACCUACCCCCACCUGAACUUCAGCAUUCCCAUCACGGUGCUCCAGCCGGCCCUGCAGCAGUACAGCCAGACCCAAGACCUGGGUGGCCUCCGGGAGCUGGACUGUGCUGCUGAGCCGGUCCGGGUGGUGUGGCGGCUGCAGCGCCCCCUGGCAGAGGCCCCGCGGAGCAAGCUCUGAGGCUGUGUUACCUCCUCUGGAAAGAAGAGUGACCUUUUUCUGCUGUAGGAAGUGAUGUUGAGGUGAUGGUGGCCUCAGGAUUCAGGGCCCAGCUCCUGAAGGGGCCUGGGCUGCUUCUCAUCUUCACCCACUGACUGCAGUGAGGGCUUUGGGCUCUGGGGCCAACUUCUCUUCAGCCCCAUGGCUCCUUAACCUGGGAGCCCGUUUUGGGGUGCUUUCUUGAAACCCCAGUUCUCUGUCCCCUAGCACUAGACUCAGCUGUAUUGUUUUUCCUUCUGGGGAGCCCACUUCAACUGCACAGAGGUUCUGGGCCUGACAGGUAGAUGCCAGCUGGAAGGCAGGCCUGUGCCUGGUUUUGUGUCUGUUCCCCUGAGGGCCACCGUCGUCCUGGAGCUUCACUGGGGCCUUGGCUCCUGUCUGCCUCUCAGUCAGGUCAGGGCUGAGAGAGGACUCGGCUUCCUUAGCAUAUCUCAGCAGAAACCUUGCUCUCAAAAACAGAGACAGAAGGGACAGAAACAGGAGUGCCUCCUGUUGUGCCAGGCCCAUGGGCAGUGCAGGCGGAUCCCUGAAGGUCAGUACUCCUGGGUCUUCAUAUGCCAACAGGGGCACUCUGACACUGUGCCUUCAUUUUCCAGCCCACAGCCUGGGUCUCAGGGACCUUGAGUAGAACAUGUCUGGUUGGGGCUUGGGAAUAAACAUGAUCUACUGAAAAACCUCUGUAUUUACAUAUCAAA